AGACAUCGGGUCAAAUGAGGAAGCUGAGUCCACUCAACUAGAAGAGAAGCAAAGACAAAGUCAUCAUGGCUUCAGUGUCUACGCAUGAAAACCAAGAUAAAGGUCCCCAUUUGCCACCACCAAGCAAGCAGAGUCUGUUGUUCUGUCCUAAAUCAAAACUGCACAUCCACAAAUCAGAGAUUUCAAAGAUUAUCCGGGAAUGUCAAGAAGAAAGUUUCUGGAAGAGAGCUCUGCCUUUUUCUCUCGUAAGCAUGCUUGUCACCCAAGGACUGGUCCACCAUGGUUAUUUAGCAGCUAAUCCAAGAUUUGGAUCAUUGCCUAAAGUUGCACUUGCUGGUAUCUUGGGAUUUGGCCUUGGAAAGGCAUCAUACAUAAGAGUAUGCCAGAGUAAAUUCCAUUCCUUUGAAGGUCAGCUGCGUGGGGCUGGUUUUGGUCCAGGGCAUAACAGGCACUGCCUGCUUACCUGUGAGGAAUGCAAAACAAAGCAUGGAUUAAAUAAGGAGGGAAGUCCGCAGCCUUCGACUUCCUAAACUCUGUGGGUUUUCAAGUUUCUAAAAACAUCUGAAUUUGUAACAUUUGAAUCUGAAAUGUCAAAUGUACUUUAAAAUAAUUUACUUAUAGUAGAACA